AAGAGGAAAUUAAACACGUUUCAAAAUGGCGGAAAAGAAGAAAACAACAGCUUCUACUGCACCUCUUCUUCUUAUGGGCACUUCCGAUGGUUUAAAUUUAAAUCCUGCGCUGGGAUCUAAUUUAUUCAUGCCUGUUGUUCCCCAACAAGCAGAAAGCCUGGUUGAAACAGCUGAAGACGUAGAAGCUGAUAGUUUUAUUGGCCAAAAUGCAUCACUUAAUAGUGGAACAACUCUAUCGCAAAAUUUAUUUCCAGCUUUAACUUCAUCAGAUGGGGAUAUAUUCGAUAAUAUUUCGAAAAAACCCCUCUCAGAUCAGGAAGGAGUAAACAAAAAUAUUCAGGGGCCUUCCUCAUAUCCCAAUCAACCAUCUUUGACUUCGGUUCCAAUAGCAAUGGCUCCUCCUGCGCCACUACCAACCAUAACCAAUGAUCAAAAUAUCUACCGUAUGCAAAAAGCGACACGUCAGCCAUAUUCACAAAACACUUUUCAGCAACCGCCUCCUAGCUCUUUUGCUUCUCAGCCUGUUAAUCCUUUACAAGGUAGCAGUUAUGAUUCUCCGUCUCUACCCCCUCCAUCAAGUAUAGCACCGCCUGUAUCUAAUCUUCCGAUCGGUCCUGUAUAUGAACCUGUUAAUCAUCACUGGUUUUAUAGCCUUACAAUUGAAACACGCACAGUUUGGAAGCCCUUCUCAGUUAUAGAUUCAGUCAGACUGGAGGAUUCUUUUCGUAGCAAUACUGCAGAAGAGCAUAUUCCAACGAAUGGUGGUAGAUAUGAUGUGGAUAUCAGAACGAGAUUACGAUAUCCCAUAUACUGGGAUGAAGAUCCAUCGGACGUGCGAAGAUGCUCUUGGUUUUACAAGCCAGAAGGUGAUUCAAAGUUUAUGCCAUAUAUUGAAAAUGAUGCCAGAAAAUUAGAGGAAGAAUACAAAAAUACUUUAGUUAGUGGUCAAUGGCAUCGAAAAGUUGAAUUAUCCGACGGUCACGUUGUCGUUUUUCACUCUCCAACAGCAAUAGUGCAAUUCAAAGCAACUGAUGCAAUUGAUGAAUGGGGAAACGUAGGCAAUGAUUCCAGGCCAAGGAUUGUCAAAAGAGGGGUAACUGAUAUGGAUGGCAUUGAGGAAGGAGAAAGCCCUCAGGUGGAUCAUCUAGUGUUUGUCGUCCAUGGUAUAGGUUCAACAUGCGAUCUUAGAUUUCGCAACCUUGUAGAAUGCGUAAAUGAUAUGAGGGAAAUAAGUGAAAAAUUGAUACAGUCUCACUUUGGACACUACGUUAGAGAAGGCCGGAUAGGACGAGUUGAGUUUCUACCAAUUAAUUGGCAUGCUGCUCUUCAUAAUGAUGCGAAUGUCAUAGACGAGUAUACAUUUGCCAAAACUAGAAAAAUUUCUGAUAUUGUUGCCAAGGAAAUGAAUCGUGUUUAUGACUUGUUUUUACAAAGAAAUUCUGAUUUUAAUGGUGAUGUGUCUGUUUCUGGUCAUAGCUUGGGUUCUUUGAUUUUAUUCGACUUGCUAUCUCAUCAAAAAUCACUAAAUAGCAAAGAACCAACUAAUUCAGUUCCUCCUGUUCAAGAUUUAGCAGUAGGUCAAGCAUUUAAUGAUAGUGGCCUCUCUAGAUCGUCAACACCUUCUAGUCUAACAAUUGAUGAUCCUAAAAAUGAAAAUAUAACUACAGUUUUAGAGAAACUAUCACUAAACGAUUAUAAAGGAGUUUUUGAAAGAGAACAUAUAGAUCUCGAAGCCUUGCAAAUGUGUGACGAAUCUGAUAUUAAAGACUUAGGUCUACCGAUGGGACCUCGUAAGAAGAUUUUAGCUUAUCUGAAAGGUUUAGCAAAAAGACAAAAUGAUUCGAAAACUGCUCAUGAACAGAUAAAUCUAAAUAGUCGUGAAUCGACACCCUUCUCUUCUGGCGCAAAACUGGAGAAAAAUGCAUCUCUAAUAGAAUAUGAUAUGACUUUAAGGGGAAUUGGAACACCCCAUGUUGAAUAUAGCCAAUUAUCUUUCUCAGUAGUCAACAUGUUUGCUUUAGGUAGUCCAGUAGCGAUGUUGUUAACCGUUAGAGGAAUUUGUAACUUGGGAGAAUCAUUUCAAUUACCUACAUGCUUUGAUCCGGUAGCAUAUAGAUUGGAGCCUCUUGUUACUUCAUCACCUCCCCCUAAACCUGUCCUUAUGCCUCAUCACAAAGGAAGAAAAAGGUUACAUUUAGAAUUAAAAGAAUCGAUGAUGAGGAUGGGGUCUGAUAUCAAACAGCAAAUCCUUACGUCAGUUCGAAAGACUUGGAACACCUUAGCAGAGUUUGCAAGGUCUCAUAGAUCCUCAGCUGAGGUGGAAAAGGAAGUUGAUUCAGUACUUUCAUCUUUAAAUGUACCAGACGAAACAGAUACAGCUUCAAUAGCAUCAACUGUUGUUGAAGAAGACAUAUUGGAGGGGCAGCUGAACCAAGGCAGACGAAUCGACUAUGUUCUUCAAGAGGCUCCUCUAGAGAGCUUUAAUGAAUAUAUAUUUGCAUUAGGGAGUCAUUUGUGUUAUUGGGAUUCGGAAGAUACAAUCCUACUUUUUCUGAAAGAAAUUUAUUCAUCGUUUGGCAUCGCUCCUAUCAAACCAGGAUCAAGGUCUUCAUUUCAACUAUUCUCAUCGCCUUAUCAAAGUUUAGCUGAGCAGGCUCCUGUAAUGCUAACCGCACCUACUAAUACAGGAAGCCAAUUUGUGACACCAGGUGCUCCUCUAACAACGACUGGAAAUUUAUCAGUUUCUGCUCCUCCUUUAUCUGGUUUCGUGAGAAGAUAG